AUGGGUAUUAGUAGAGAGGAUUUUUGGAAUAGCGUCGCAAAUAAGAUCAAUGGGCAAUUUAAUACCACUUACACCGGAUACCAAUGCAAGGGAAAGUUCCAAAGUCUCGUAAAAGACUAUAAUUCGAUGUGCCUGUAUAUGGCGGGUAGUAGUUCUGGUAAGAGAAGCAGAACAGGCGAACGAUAUUUUGAGGAAUUUCGUACUCGCUUUUGGGAGAGACCUGAAACGCAUUUUGAUCAAAUACAUAACGUAAAUACAUCCUCGAGAAGAAGAGAAGAAAGACGGCGAAACCGCACUCCACCACCAACCUACGAAGAAGUUUCAUCAAUGCUAAAUACGAGUCGCCGUGAAUCUCCUGCUGGUCAAAGGGAUCGAUCCGCAUCUCCAACCCGAAGAAUUCCCAGCAGAAGAGACGAAACUAUUAAUCAAGAUAAUGCAAGUAAUGCCGUUGGGCACAGCUCCGCUGAUGUAAAUGAUGCGGGUGGAAAUUCAGGCCGUAACGCAAAUAAUGCGGAUGGGAAUUCAGCUAAUAACGCAAAUAAUGCGGGUGGAAAUUCAGGCCGUAACGCAAAUAGUGCGGAUGAAAAUUCAAAUAAUAAUACGAGUCAUAAUGAUACGCACGGAUUAUCAUCCAAUAUACCCGCAUCACGGAGUGACAGUGAUCUUAGUAUGCCUGAUGUUGUAGAUAGUCAACCACCUCAUAUGGAAUCUAUAAAUGAAGAGGGGCGUUAG